AUGUAUACCUUUUUCGCGACGCUGGUCAGAAGGCAGCUGCUAGGGGGAGACGACGAUGAAGACACGGAACACUGCCCGACGAACUUCAGCGAUCUGAGUCAAGCAGAUCCUAUCAUUGGCAACACGACAUUCCAUCGGGUCAUGACGUACACGUCCGCGGCAACGAUGGCAGUCUCCGUCGCGCUCGGUACCUACAUGAUCCUGGGCCAAAUGUUCAGCUAUCGUGAACCAAGAUUCCAGAAACAUCUCAUUCGCAUCAUCCUCACGGGCCCGAUCUUCGCCGUCUUUGCCUUCAUCGGAGUUGCAAGCUACCGUGCCGCCCAUUACAUGGAAGCCCUUCUCACCUUGUACGAGAUCUUCACACUCUACUCAAUCUUCACGCUAUGCGUCGAAUACCUGGCUCCUGCGACAACGUGGGAAGCACAGCUCGUUCUCAUGCAGAGCAACUCUGUCUUCUCCUUUUCAAGCUUUCGGAGGAAGUACUUUCGUGUGGUGCAGGUCAUUCCUGUACUGAUCAUCGUGACACUUGUCACCAUCAUUACACAUGCGCGGGAGUGCUGGCAGAGUGCAGAAAGUAGUCGUGCAGCUGGCAUCGUUUCAAUCAUUGGCGCAAUCAGCACAAUCAUGGCAAUUUCUGGCAUUCUUCCAUUCCUCAUGAAGCAGACGACAUUGCUUAAGAAGAUCGACCCCCAGAUCGUUGGGAAACUACUUGCCGCCAAAAUCAUCGUGGUGGCAGAGAUCGUCAUUUCGCUCAUAUUCUCCAUUCUGAGCUGGACGGAUUCUUUCGAGCCUACAGCUACAGUCUCGCACAAUGACAUCAACGUCGGGGUUCACGUCUUCUCGACAGGCUGCCUCGCAUUCAUUACAACGAUUUGCAUGCUCCCAUACUACCGCCCGGGUCAGUUCGAGAAGGCUCCUUGGGUCGCAGCUCCAGGUGAUGGUCAUUGGACUGACACUACACACGCUACACGUCGCGAGUCCGAGGAAACAGGCCCGCCCAAGCCGAAAGAAGCGUUAUUGCUGCCCCGAAACAACAAGCAGCCAAGUCCCAAGAGAAGUCCGUUAAGAGCUGUCUGGGAUGUCGUCAACGUUAGUGAUGUUGCUAUUGCUGUGUGGCGUGGAAUCAAGCUGUUAUUCGGUCGGCCUCGUCUGCAGAACAGAGCGGGCAUGGAGCCGAAUAGAGGGUACGCGCCUGUGGCUCAGGGCGGUGAGGCAGGAGAAGAGCUGCCGGAGUACCGUCGUUCGUGA